UCUGGCAUUUGAAGCAAGAUGGCUCUCAGUAUAAAUAUAAGAUCAGCUAUUUCCACAUCAGCCUCGAUUAAUUACCGGACCGAUCGGAUUCUGCCGUGUUUGCCCACCGGAAACAUAAUCUACUCGCAGUGGGACGUCGGUUAGGCGCAUCCAGGGUACGCGGACGUGACCAGAACGGCCCGAAAUCAGUGCCGGCCGAAGUCGACGACGAAGGCGAACGGCCCGACUCCAUUUGCACGAGGCAGAGCCGAAACACGCGUUUUGCUCGGAACCGAGGAAGCUGUUGGCUGCGUCGCUCGGCUUCGCCACCUCCCAGUGCCACCGACGUUCGAUUUCGGCGACCCAUCGGAACGAUUGUGUUGCGUGAAGUGCUUUGCGUGCGAGUGUUUCGACGGCAGCGGCGAUCGCCUUUGACAAACGCUGACCGUCCGCGAGGAGGUCGCAACGUGUAUUCCUUAGUGCCUGACCAAAGUACGUGCAGCCUCGAUUGCCGCCGAAGGAACACGUGAACCGCGCGUCUGUGACACAUUGCCGUUGAAGACGUGCCUCGGUUGGCCACUCUGCAUCCAGCUUCACGCCGCGCGUCCGAGUUGUGUGGGGUGCAUGUUUCGACGCUGAAGUGACGAUGGAGUCUCCUCCGGCGUUCUUCUGCGGUGUCUGAUUCACUCGGAAUUGAUCGACAGGCAGCAUGACGAGCAGGCUCGACCGUCUGUUUCUCCUCCUGGACACGGGCUCCUCACCUGUGACACGGCGAGCGGCCGCAGUCCAGUUGGGCGAGGUUCAGAAGCUCCACCCACAUGAGCUGCACAACCUGCUGGCCAAGGUCCGCAAGUACCUGCACAGUUCAUCAUGGGACACGCGCAUAGCAGCAAGCCAAGCUGUGGAGGCCAUCAUAUCCCAUGUGCCUCAGUGGGACCCUCCAGGAUUGUCUAAGGAGGAACAAGCAGACGGCGAGCCUGCAAAGCCUGGAGCAGGGAAUGCGAAGUCUCCAUCACACUGGAUGCGUUUUGAGAACUUUGACCUCCACCAAGUUCUGAAGCAUGGCGGUGACCUCCUCGCAUCCGAGGGUUCGGAGUUUGACCUCGAUGACGACCUUCUCGGCGGCUCGCACUCCAAGGAAGUGUUGCUGCAGCAGCGACGCCUGCUCAACCGGCGUUUGGGCCUCGAGAUGGCCGAGCACAUUGGCCUCGACACCUCCGAGCUCUUCUCUGCUGAGGAUCUCAGCCUCAACUGCAGCAGCGGAGGAGCGGGGCUGCGGAUAGGGACGACACCGGAUGGCACCAAUGCUGCGUCCCCACCAUAUGUCAAGCUGGAGUGUAACACCACAUCGGGAUAUUAUCCAGAAUGUGGCGUUCCUCCUAGCCCGGUGACAUCAUUGCCACCGCACCCGAUGCCCUCCAGCAUGGUGGGGUCGGUGAUUGGCCACAUCCCCGCUCCCCCGCUGCCGUGUCCCUCGCCGGGCCUGUUCCGUGGCCCCAAGCGACGUGCGAGUCUCGUCAAGGAUGGGCCCUGCCUGUCGAAGAGGGUCUGCGGAGGAGGUGCUGCCAACUCUACGGCCAUCAAGGAAGAGGCACCAUCCGAUGGCAGUGUGGGCGAGAACCUCUGGGAAGAGCAGUGUUCGGGCGAGUGGCCCCUGGAGGCCUUUGUGGAGGCCCUCUGCCAGGACCUGUUCAGCGCCGCCUGGGAAAUCAGGCACGGUGCGGCCACGGCACUGCGCGAGGUGGUCCGGCUGCACGGCCGCGGAGGAGGACGCUCCUUCAGCACACCCGCUGCACAGAUGGAAACCUCCAACCAGCUGUUCCUGGAAGACCUGUCUCUGCGAUUGCUCUGUGUCCUCGCUCUGGACAAGUUUGGGGACUUUGUGUCCGACCAGGUUGUGGCACCAGUCCGCGAGACCUGUGCCCAGACCCUGGGCCACGUUCUAAACCUGAUGACGAGCGACAAGUGGGACUGCAACUCUGACUCGGACGGUGCAGCUAACUCCUCCGCAGGGGUGGGCGUCUGGGGUGUGCUGCGGGUGCUGCUGCAGCUGCUACAGCGACCCGAAUGGGAGGCUCGACAUGGCGGCCUGCUGGGCAUCAAGUACCUGCUGGCCGUACGCAAGGACCUGACAUCUGUGCUGAUCCCAGCCGUUUUUGAGCCCGUGUUUCAAGGGCUCCAGGACCAGAAUGACGAUGUGAGUGCCGUUGCGGCCGCUGCGCUGGUGCCGGUCACCGAGGACUUGGUCAAGACUUUGCCACACGAGGUUCCACGGGUGGUGCGGACACUGUGGGACGCCCUGCUUGAGCUGGACGACCUGACCUCCUCAACGAGCAGCAUUCUCAUGCUGCUGGCCGCACUGCUCUCGCACUCCGCCUCAGUUCGGCCAACUAAAGGGACCGACGCUGUCGGCUGCUUACACGACGGCGAGCAGCAGAAGUUGGUGAACAGCGCGGACGACACGGCGAGCACAAACAACAGCUGCGUUGCCGGUGAUGGUGUGCCCUUGGCCCAGUGGGUGCCUCGAUUGUGGCCCUUUCUGGGUCACAAUGCGGUCGCCGUGCGACUGUCGGUGCUGCGUUCACUCCUCAUCCUCUGCUCGGACAAAAGCGCGCCACUGCCGCUGAGCGAGUGGAUCCCGGGUCUGUUGCCGUGUAUGUUGCGUCUGCUGUACCAGCGUUGCCUGCUGGAGACGUCAUCUGACGUCCUCGAUCUCAUCUACCAGGUGUGGGAGAAGGUGGUGCGUGGUGCCCCUCUGGGUCCCCUGCUGACCACUGCCUGCCCCUACCUGAGCUCCUGGCUCUGCCUGCUCAUGCACCCAGCUCACCUGCAGGUUGAUGUCGUGGCCCUGCAGUGGCUGGUUCUUCCACCUAACCUCAAGCCUGACAAGAGGAUGCGGCGUCCCGGCAGUGUCGGGGGCUGUGGGCCACUACUACCGCCAUGUUCGACCGAAGGUGGUCCCGGUGUGACCCCAGUGUUGGGUGGGGGGGAGGUGUACCUGGCGGGUGCAGAAUCGCUGAACGAGAGCCCCGUGGAACGGGAGCGCCUGGUCCUGCAGUGCCGCUGCAUGGCUGCCAAGCUGCUUGGCCUGCUGUCUGGUUUUGUGACUCGCCCGAUGCCCGGCUUGGAGGUGCCGCCCGUGGAGAGCCCCGUGGAGAGCUUUGCCCGGCUGGUGCUCUUCCACCUGGCCUCCAAGAGUGCCCUGCAGCGCAUGAUGACCGCUGCCGUCAUGGCACACUGGGUCACCCUGCACCCGGAGGACCACCUGUGCCCAACAUCGGUACGUGACCGUGUGCUGGAGUGCCUUGGGGAGACGCUCUACUUUGACGAGAUGGCCAGCAGCUUCACUCGCCUGCAGCAGGACGCGCGGGACUUCAUUGCGCUUCUGCGACACUUCCAGUUGCCCCUGGGUGCGGGAUUCCCCGCAAACGUUGUGCUGACAGUGGACCAAGUGAUAGAGCUGGUGACCACAGUGUUCCAUGGGCUGGUGCAGGAGGUACGCGUCAAGCCGAAGGUUCUCGAGAAUCUCGAGGAGAAGCGCAAGUUUCUGCUGCGCACAGCUCAGCAGAUGCAGAAGGACCAGAUCUCAUUAACUACCAGGGUGCAGUCUUCGCUGGCCACUUUCCUGGUGCGGCUGGACCAGUUGCCGGAGAAGCUCAACCCGGUCAUCCGUCCCCUGAUGGAGUCCAUCCGCCGGGAGGAGAGCCCCCUGCUACAGGGUGAGUCGGCAGACAGCCUGGUGCACCUGAUGGGCAGCUGUGUGGAUCGUAACCCGUGCCCGAAUGGCAAGAUUGUGCGCAACCUGCUCACGUACCUCUGCUUGGACCCCAGUGUCACACCUGCUGCAGCACCAGGCACCCCAUCGGCGACACCAUCAACGGCACCGAUUCUCACCCUGGCCAACAUGCAGAAGUCUGCGGAGAGGGCGCCGGUGCGGCGCUCAGGUUCGGUGUCGGGCGGUCGCAAGGGAUCCCUGCAGGCUGCGCAGUCGAUUGAGAGCGCGGAUGACUCCAACAGUGCGGAGGAUGAGAAUGUUCAGCGGCAGAACGAGAUACAGCGAAAAGGCGCUGCCCAGGUUUUGUCCUUGGCGACCGAGCACUUUGGGGCGUCCCUGCCCGACCGACUACCCAGCCUCUGGGAGGCCACCGUGGAGCCACUACUCCGGAGGGGCAGCACUGCUAACGCGGCAGCGUCCUCGGAUGGUGUUGUGCGCAACGGCGUAGCUGAACCCUCGAGCGAGGCAGCACUGGCCGAGACGCAGGAGCUGACCACAGCUCUGCAGGCCCUGGAAGUGAUUGGGCCACACCUGCACCCAGGGCUCUACUCCAAGUUGGAUGCCACACUGCCACCGCUGUGUGCGGCCCUGGACCACCCGUCUCCAGUGGUGCGUCACCUUGCAUCCCGUUGCUUUGGCAUGAUGGCCCGAGUGCGGACAGUGCCCACCAUGGCGACUGUGGUCGACAAAGUUUUGGCCAAACUCGGGGCAUCCGAUGAUGACGUCCAGCGGCGGGGAGCUGUUGAAGCCAUUGCCUGUGUCAUCGAGGGCCUCUCCCUGGGAAUUGUGCCGUACCUGGUGUUCCUGGUGGUGCCUGUCCUGGGGCGAAUGAGCGACCAGAAUGAGGCCGUCCGGCUCAUGGCCACCCACUGCUUUGCCGCCUUGGUUCGCCUGAUGCCCCUCGAUAGUGGCGCCAUUGACGAGGCAGGAGGACCCCUGUCAGCUGAGCUGCGCGAGCGCCGAGCAAGUGAGCGCCAUUUCUUGGAGCAGCUCAUGAACGCACGGCACGCGGACAACUACGAGCUGAGCGUGCCCAUCAACGCACAGCUGCGCUCGUACCAACAGGAGGGCGUGAACUGGUUGGCAUUCCUGAACAAAUACAGCCUACACGGCAUCCUGUGUGACGACAUGGGCCUGGGCAAAACGCUCCAGUCUAUCUGCAUACUCGCCUCGGACCACCACAAGAGGGAGCAGCUGUACAAGGAGACGCAGCGUGCUGAUGCCAAGCCCCUGCCCUCGCUGGUGGUGUGCCCACCAACGCUGACGGGUCACUGGGUGUACGAGGUGGAGAAGUUUGUCGACAGCAAGUACCUGCAGCCACUGCACUACACGGGUCCCCCCAUGGAGCGUGCGAGGCUGCAGGAGAAGGCACGCAAGCACAACCUGGUGGUGGCCUCGUACGACAUAGUGCGCAACGACAUUGACUUUUUUGGCACCAUCCGGUGGAACUACUGCAUCCUUGACGAGGGGCACAUCAUCAAGAAUGGACGAACUAAGCUGGCGCGGGCCCUAAAGCAGCUGCAGGCCAACCACCGGCUCAUCCUGACAGGCACCCCCAUCCAGAACCAGGUGCUCGACCUGUGGUCCCUGUUCGACUUCCUCAUGCCAGGGUUCCUGGGCACCGAGCGCCAGUUUGCGCAGCGCUUCAGCCGGCCCAUUCUGCAGUCACGGGACGCCAAGUCCUCCUCCCGAGAACAGGAGGCCGGAGUGCUGGCCAUGGAGAGCCUGCACCGUCAAGUUCUGCCAUUCCUGCUGCGUAGGGUCAAGGACGACGUCUUGCAAGAUCUGCCCCCCAAGAUCAUCCAGGACUACUACUGCGAGCUGAGUCCUCUACAGGUGCAACUGUACGAGGAUUUUGCCAGAAGCCGAGCCAAGAAGUCGGUGGACGACUCGGUCGCAGGGGCUGCCGAGGACCAGCCGGUCAACUCGCAUGCCACCGCUCAUGUGUUUCAGGCUCUACAGUACCUGCGCAAGGUGUGCAACCACCCGAAGCUGGUGUUGAACCCUCAGCACCCCGAGUACGGCCGCAUCAUGGCCGGUCUCCAGCAGUCCGAGUCUUGCCUCUCGGAUAUCAACCAUGCCGCCAAGCUGCGCUCGCUCAGGCAACUGUUGCUGGACUGUGGCAUUGGGACAGCCGCCCAGCCCGAGCAGGAGAGCGUGGUGCACGCCCACCGGGCCCUCAUCUUCUGCCAGCUCAAGGGCAUGCUCGACAUCGUCGAGAAGGACCUGCUCAUGGCACACAUGAGCAGUGUCAGCUACCUCCGCCUAGACGGCAGCGUGGCCCCGGGCCAGCGACAGGCGCUGGUCCAGCGCUUCAACGCAGACCCCUCCAUCGACGUGCUGCUGCUGACCACUCAGGUCGGUGGGCUGGGACUCAACCUGACUGGCGCCGACACCGUCAUCUUCGUUGAGCACGACUGGAACCCGAUGAAGGACCUACAGGCCAUGGAUCGUGCCCAUCGCAUUGGCCAAAAGAAAGUGGUGAAUGUCUACCGACUGAUCACCAGGGGCACCCUCGAAGAGAAGAUCAUGGGGCUGCAGAAGUUCAAGCUGACCAUUGCCAACACGGUGAUCACGCAAGAGAAUAGCAGCCUCAACACCAUGGGCACUGACCAGCUGCUCGACUUGUUCACGCUAGGCUCGGACGGUGCCAAGGCCGACACAAUGCUGGACACCGCGCAGAACUCUUCCGCGGGCCCAUCGCGUGUCGGUAUGAAAGGGGUGCUCGAAAGCCUCCCCGAGCUGUGGGACUCCUCCAAGUACGACUCCGAGUACGACCUGGGAAACUUCCUCAGCACGCUGAAGCCGAAGUGAUUGAAGGUGUGACACAUGUGUGGAUUCAGUUGCUGUACAGUAAUUGCUAAAGACAUUCGUGAGGGAUCGAGGGGGGGCUCCUGGCGGACACAUUUGCGUGCGGCCAUGGCUGAACCAUUUGCAGGCUGCGUUGUGGCGAUUGCCCAGUUUGCUGUACGUCGCUGUCAGACAAGUCUGCAGUGUAGUGACGAUGCAUAUUAUACAUUAGUAGAUUAUGAUGGCCAUAUUGCAAGGCAAGCAACACAGUGCAUUGCCUUUUGUGGCUUCGCUGUGGUCUUGUGGUGUUAACAGUUUCAGUUGACUAUCUGUUGUGAUUUUACAAUGGUCUCGUGGCCACACCUAUUGAACUGAGCAGCAGUGGAAGACGGCCUGUCGUGACUUUGUUGCAAACUUGCGUGAACUUACGACAUUGGUCAUUGAGUAAUAAGUGCCGGGUGGAAUGGUGGGGUUGCCAUGUGCAUCUAAGCAAGGCUUGGUGAGCUUUAUCACCUGUUUGUGCCUGUCUGUUCCGGGUUUUCCCAGCUAAGUUGGUGCAUUUAAUGACCACGUCUGGCAAUAAACGGGAAGAUGCGAAGUCUGUGCAAGAGGACACGGCACUUUCGCAUUCGUCGUCAUCAUCAAAUCGUGACAUUGCAUUCCGCGGGUCAGAGGUUUAACACAGACUUUUUGUUGGAUAAACUGUGGUGACAUUCAGAAUGUGCUUCUUCUCUUAUUGCCUCCAGAAUGACGAUACCCUUUGUAAUUAACAAUACCGAUUGCCAAUGUAUGUAUGCAUUAGGGAUGCCUGCCUAAUGUAUUCUUGUGUUUGUCCUAAUGCGCAUCGAUUGUGGUACGUACAAGUGAGUGCCGGGGAUUGUCGUACUUGCACAAAGGCAGUGCCAAGUGUCAUGUCAAUGCGAAAACGAGCCCUCUGGGCACUUUCAUGUCUUGUCGAAUUCGCAUGUGUGGUCAGCAGGUAGGUUUGUUGCAUGUCCUUGCCAUGUCAUGCAACUGUUGUGCCUGUUGGCUUGUAUCACUUUGUAACCAACUAGAAUGGUUUCGUCGUCCAGCAAUAGUUUACCAAGGUUACAGCGUGGAAAGCUUUGUCAGUGGUUCACAUCUCUGCAUUGUCAUGGUCAUGUUUCCUUGGGGCUGCAUUUCACUGAAGCAAGACUCGAAUGCAGCUACUUGGGAGGCCAAAGGUAUUUUACUGCAGAGAAGCUUGUGCCUAAACUUAAUUGAAGUUAUGCUUAAACUGGGAAGCUUGAGUGCAUUGGUGGUUACAUGUGUGCAUGGUCAGCUGACAAUUCAGAUAUCUGGAUCACUUAUUGCAUAGUGAUGCAGUGACUGGGCUGUUUAUCAGAAGGUGAGAUCUGAAUUGUCUGCCACAAGGUUAGGUUUUCGGAGAGCUUGACCUCUGUACUUGCUUUACCUGGACGCUGAACAACUGAGGUUCUUAUAAUGGAAAGUAUGUGUGUAGAUGAGCACUAAAAGUUGCUGGAGUCUCACAUAGAGCCUAGGCUUUCUUUUUUUUUUAUUGCAGUAGAUAUAAGGGUGAAAGGUAACAAUUCGAAUCUUAAUUUCUCAUUGUAUAUCUUCAUUGUCUACCAAAGUCAACUUGUAGUAAAACCUGUUCUAAAAGUGUAUGCCAGUGCUCGCAAAUAGCUUUAUAAUGUAUUAAGUUAUGUAUUUAUUUCAAUACAUUUUUUUAAACAAAUGCGCUAGUUUUAUUUCCUCUCUUCCACGUUAAGCUGCCUGUAAUGUAACUUAGGUUUAACAUUUUGAGUACUGUAUCAACUGCCGUACCAUAUUUAAAGCAGUAAACACAAGAACACAGCACAUAUAGUAAUAUAUAUGUACACUUCCGAUACAUGUAGGCGCAUCCUGCGCUGAGCGAUAACAUUUGUUAGGUGGUGAAACGCGGUCACCCGAGAAAGAUAAACAAGUACAUGCGUCAAUAUAAACAACCACAUCAAGAAAAGGCCCUCACCUUCUGGGCAGCUGUGUGCAACACAUGAGCUCAUUUCACCGACCAAUGAUAGACCCAGAAAUGGGAAAAAAAAAGGAACAUUGUUCAAGUUGACAUGCAUUUCUCUCUGUGGGACACACCGGGGUGUUUGUUCUCUCAGCAAAGCCCUUGUCUGCCUACUUUGCCAAAAGGCCGCCAGUGAGUUCAACUGGCUAUGUAUACUCAUUUUCGUAUGUGGUGUGAUUGUGUGUGAUUGUUUGUGGUUGUCGAGUCUUUUCAUGUAGGACGCCAUAUGCCUGUACCGUGUUCUUUGCCCGUGUCCUCGCACACGUAGUCUGUGCCACGUCUUGUGUGAAACAUUUUUCCAUCCGUGAGUGUUCUUCAUAAGUCGCAAGGGCACUUGCGGUGGUCUCUCUUUUGUUAAAUAGAAAUUGGUCACACUUUAGAAACAAGAUGCGUGAUGGGUUGUGCCACUUAGUGAUGUGCGAGGCUUCAUUUCCAUCUGGGCUUUGUGAAGCUACGAGGACGAUUUGUCCAGUAUUUUUUUUUUCCCUAGGGAAGUGCAGUGCAUGAGAGGAGAAGAGAGCAUUGCCGAUGUGUAUGUAUGCAUGGUGAGCAAGUUCAUUGCCGGCACAUACAAGUUCGUGGGUGGAAGUAAACUUCUGAUGAUGUCCAUUUCACUGUGAUUUUUGUCUCUUUACGGGCUAAAUGAAAUGUCAUUCACAAUG